AUGGACAUCAACGAUUUGAUAUUCACUUUUUACGAAUAAGAAAUCGAUCCUAAAGAAGAUUAUUUAAGUCUUUUAUAAUCAGAUAGAAAUAUGCACCAAUCAUUAUUUGGUUUGCAUAGUCCUGAACCUUCUAUUAUUGAAAAUAUUUCAAAUAAUGGAAGUUUAUUCGAUUAUAACUUCUCAAACUACGAUAAUUCUGGUACUAAAUAAUCUUAAAUUGGUAUUUGCAAAACCAAUAAAAAAAUUCGUAAAAGAAAAUCAGAAAAUAGAGGACUUCUUAGUAAAAAUGAAUUCAUUAACAUUUUGCAGAGGAUAGAAUAAUGCUAAUCCAUUUAAUUUGUAUUGGAUUAAUUAUCUCUAACUGUCAAAUAAAUGAAGGAAAAAUUAAAAAGAAAAAUUGCCAUGACAUGCAAUUAGUGA